AUGUCCUCAUCCAAACGGUCAGAGGGCAGGGGCUGCCGGGAGCCCAAGAGCUCCAGACAGUGGGACUGGGGCUGUCCAGAGACUCGGAGCCAACUGGAGGAGAUUUUCUUUGGGGACCAGGAUGUCAUCCGCCGGGGUUCAGAGGACUGCCGCAAGUUCUGGGCCUUUUUCGAACGCCUGCAGACCUUCCAGAGGUCUAAGGCAAGCUCAGAGGCCAAGAGGCCACCCGAGGCUGGGGCCCCACAGGGACCCAGAUGCACGGCCCUGGCCGACCUCCCUGCCACCUACGACCCGCGCUACCGCAUCAACCUGGCCUUGCUGAGCAGCAAGGGAGAGCCAGUCACUGAACUCAGAGGGAGCCGCAGCCAGCUGCCCCACGACCGGCUGGCAGAGUUCCGCCGGGCUGUCCUGCACUACCUGGACUUUGGGCAGAAGCAGGCUUUUGGGAAGCUGGCUAAGCUGCAGCGGGAGCGGGCAGCCCUGCCCAUGGCCCGAUAUGGGCGGCACCUGCUGCAGGCCCUCCAGGGACACCAGGUGGUGGUUGUGGCUGGGGACACAGGCUGUGGCAAGUCCACACAGGUGCCCCAGUACCUGCUGGCUGCCGGCUUCAGCCACGUGGCCUGCACCCAGCCCCGGAGAAUCGCAUGCAUCUCCCUCGCCAAGCGUGUUAGCUUUGAGAGCCUCAGCCAGUAUGGAUCCCAGGUGGGCUACCAGAUCCGCUUUGAGAGCACGCGUUCUCCGGCCACUAAGAUCGUGUUCCUGACGGAGGGCCUCCUGCUGCGGCAGAUCCAGCGGGAGCCAGGCCUGCCCCAGUAUCAGGUGCUCAUAGUGGAUGAGGUCCACGAGCGCCACCUCCACAGCGACUUCCUGCUGGGUGUCCUGCGACGCCUGCUGCCCGCCCGCCCAGACCUCAAGCUCAUCCUCAUGUCGGCCACCAUCAACAUCAGCCUCUUCUCCGGCUAUUUCGGCCACGCGCCAGUGGUGCAGGUGCCCGGGAGGCUGUUCCCCAUCACGGUCAUCUACCAGCCGGUACCAAAGGAGGAAGCGCCAACGUCCAAGUCGGAGAAGUUGGACCCAAGGCCAUUCUUGCGGGUGCUGCAGGCCAUUGACCACAAGUACCCGCCGGAGGAGCGGGGUGACCUGCUGGUGUUCCUCAGUGGCAUGGCUGAGAUCAGUGCGGUGCUUGAGGCCUUCCAGCCAUACGCUGCCCACACCAAACGCUGGGUGGUGCUGCCCCUGCACAGUGCCCUCUCCAUCACGGACCAGGACAAGGUAUUUGAUGUGGCUCCUCCUGGGGUACGAAAAUGUAUCCUGUCUACCAACAUCGCAGAAACCUCAGUGACCAUCGAUGGUGUCCGAUUUGUGCUGGAUUCUGGUAAAGUGAAGGAGAUGAGCUUUGACCCCAAGGCCAAGCUACAGAGGCUGCAGGAGUUCUGGAUCAGUCGGGCCAGCGCUGAGCAGAGGAAGGGCCGAGCUGGCCGCACGGGGCCCGGGGUGUGCUAUCGUCUCUAUGCAGAGUCUGACUAUGAUGACUUUGCCCCCUACCCUGUCCCAGAGAUCCAGAGGGUGGCCCUGGAUGCUUUGGUACUGCAGAUGAAGAGUAUGGGGCUAGGGGACCCCCGAAACUUCCCCUUCAUUGAGCCUCCGCCUGCUGCCAGCCUGGAAACAGCCAUCGUCUACCUGCGGGACCAAGGUGCCCUGGACGCCUCGGAGAACCUCACGCCCAUAGGGACCCUGCUGUCUGAGCUGCCUGUGGACGUGGUCAUAGGGAAGAUCUUGAUCCUGGGUUGCCUCUUUGACCUGGUGGAGCCUGUGCUGACCAUGGCAGCGGCCCUGAGCGUCCAGUCCCCCUUUGUGCGAAGUGCUCAGAGCAACCUGGACCACGGAACAGCCCGGAAGCCCCUGGAGAGUGACCACGGGGACCCCUUCACCCUGCUCAAUGCCUUCAAUGCCUGGGUGCAGGUGAAGUCAGAGCGCGGCGCCAACUCCAGGAAGUGGUGCCGCCGCCGGGGCCUCGAGGAGCAUCGCCUCUAUGAGAUCGCCAACCUGCGCCGGCAGUUCAAGGGGCUGCUGCAGGAGCACGGGCUGCUGGUGGAGGCCAGGCCGGCCGCCAUGGACAGCUACAGCCGCCAGCAGCAGCACCGCCGGCGCCGGGAGCUGUACCAGCUGAAGCGGGAGCACGAGGAGGGCGAAGGCCGCAAGCGGAAGGUCCUGCGGCUCGAGGCCCCGGAGGGCGGCUCGUCCAGCGACGACGACGCGGCGGCCCGGGCCGGGGAGGACGCCCGGCCUGUGGACAUCCAGGAUGUCAAGUUCAAGCUCCGACACGACAUGGGCCAGCUUCAGGCCGCCGCCAGCUCCGCCCAGGACCUGUCCCGGGACCAGCUGGCCCUGCUGAAGCUCGUGCUGGGCCGAGGCCUCUACCCCCAGCUGGCCACCCCGGACCCGUUCAACGGCUGCCGCAAGGACUCGGACCAGUUCUUCCACACGCAGAGCAAGCAGGGGGCCGUGCUCCACCCGACCUCGGUCUUCGCCAGCAAUCCCGACCUGCUCCAGGGAGGCCAGACGGAGGCCCGGGAGAAGGGCAGAGAUCACAAGGACGGCCUGAGCAGCCGGCACCAGCUGCUGGCCUUCGUCUCUCUCCUGGAGACCAACAAGCCCUACCUGGUGAGCUGCGUGCGCCUCCCGGCCCUGCAGGCCGUCCUGCUCUUCAGCCGAAGCCUGGACACAAACGGCGACUGCUCCCGCCUGGUGGCGGACGGCUGGCUGGAGCUCCGGCUGGAGAGCGGCGAGAGGGCCACGCAGCUCCUGGCCACGGCCCUGCGCCUCCGGGCCCGCUGGGAAGAGGCCCUGGACCGGCAGCUGGCCCGCCAGGCCCGGCCGCACGGCGAGGAGAGGGAGGCCGUGGCCCUCAAGGCCGAGAGGAAGGCGGCAGCGGCCCUGGGCCGGGACCUGCUGGACUUCGUGAGAUCCGAGGUGUUCUACAGCGUCCACAGGCUGACCGCUCUGGAGGCUCAGAACCUGUACGUGGGGCCCCAGACCGUCUUAGCGGCCCCCCAGCUCUCAGCUGUGUUUGGGGGUGCAGCCAUGAGCCCCGACCACACCAAGGGCGGCUACACCGUCUCCAGCUUCCUUACCUAUAACUGCCUCACGAGCGACACAGACUUGUACAGCGACUGCCUGCGCACGUUCUGGAGCUGCCCCCGCUGUUCGCUGUACCUGCCCUUCACCCCCCUGGAGCGGAUGUGCCACGAGAACAGCUGCCAGGCCGCCCCCGGUGAGUGCCCGGGAGUCAGCGACGAGGAGGCCGAAUCCAGCCGCCAGACGUCAGCCCUGCAGCGGCCCUACCGCUGUGAGCUCUGCCAGAAGGACCUGCUGCUCACGCCCACCGAGAUCCUUCGUCACCGCAAGCAGCACACGUGAGGGGGCUGGAGAUGAGCGGCCAGCGGGGGGCCCAGGGCUGGUGUUUGGGGGUUAAGGACUCGGUCCCGGCUGCCCGCGGGGCCAGCCAUGCCCACUGGGGGGUUUCGUCCUCUGGGUGUGAAUGGAAAGUCGGGCGCCAUCCCCUCCUCGCUGCGGCCCGCCUCGAUUCCCGGAAGGCCCUCCUGUCGCCCUCCGGGCCCGGGUUUGCCUUUGCUCGGGCCCAUUUCCCUGGCCACACCCGGCCCCCCUUUCCUCUGGCCCAGGCCUGCCCUGAGCCUCCUGGAGCGUCCGGCCUCAUGAGGCGGGCUCAGGCCGCGCCAGUCCUUCGCCUGGACUUGGAGCUUGCUGAAUUUCAGGGAACAAGUUCAUGCAAGGUGCUGUGGUGGGGCAGAACCUGGGCCAGAACCGGGCUGGGGCGCCUCGUCUCAGGGCUUUCCCUCUGGACCCUGACAUUCUCCGUCAAGCUUCCUUUCUCCCCAAAGGGAAAUGCGUAGUUUGGGGAAGGGAGACCCUUAGUCCGGCUGCCUCCCUCGGAGAGCUUCCUGGCCACCAUCUUGUCCGCAGCCACGUCCCGGGCUCCCGGAGAGGUCGGGGAUGGAACCCAGAAACCCCCUCUUCUGGCUCGUCCCCUGAGCUGCGAGCUACAGGGCGGCCCGCUGGCACCAUCUCCGGCGCCAGGACGGCUGCUCGCAGAGUGGGCCCUCGGAGCGGAGGGCGAGACUCUAGGUUAGGAUUUCUGACACAAAGUGUGGGCAGCUUUUCCCGCUACGCUUGGGAGAAGAUGCCGAGAUUAGCCGUAGGAGAGGGGGAUCCACAGCCAGCCGAGCGUCUGAAUGGAGGGAGAGGCGGCUAAUGGAGGCCUCCCAGGAUUGGCAUUUAGCUGUGACCCAUUUAAUGUGCUUUAUCAAUUCUGAAUCAUUUUUUUAAACCUUAGAAGAGAAACCGAUCACAUGCUAUUCACAGCUACGAACAGGGAAUGAAUUCAGAAGAGAUAAAAUAAUUCCAUUUAUGUGGAAUUGAAAAGCUUCUCCCUGCACAAAAUGAAUGCAUUGAGAAUAAGAAGGGAAGAGACUGACUGGGGGGAAAUCUUUGUAGUGCAUCCCUUUAAUAAAAUGGUAAUCUUU